UUGUUUGUGUGGGGGGUUUUUUGGGGUUUUGUUUUGUUUUGUUUUGUUGUGUUUUGUUUUGUUUCGUUUCCCCGUUCGCUACAACUUCCCUCCAUCGCAAAUCUCCGUCCGGCUUCCUUCCUUCCCUCCAUCGCAAAUCUCCGUCCGGCUUCCUUCCUUCCCUCCAUCCCAAAUCUCCGUCCGGCUCCCUCUCUCCUCCUCCCGUGGGAGGAGCUCUCUCCCGUGCCGCGGUGCCGGGCGGGCUCCCCGCGGGUCGGUGCCGCUGCUGCCGGCGGUGCCGCGGCCAUGCCGGGCCCGGCCCCGAGCGCCAUCCCCGCGGCCCGGAGCCGCCGCUCGGGCUGAGACAUGGACAGCGCCUUCGUGCAGGAGGUGGCCGCGUCGCUGGUGAGGGAGUUCCUCAGCAGAAAGGGUUUGAAGAAAACCAUCUCCACCAUGGACCGGGAGCUGCCCCGCUCCGCGCUCAGCAUCAACAACAGGAGCGAGCUCCGCAACGUCCUGCACCUGCACUCGCUGUACAAGCAGAACAAGGCAAAGGAGAACCCACUGAAAACACUGCUGGAAAUUAUUACUAAUUACUUCCUGGAGCACCGGGGCACUUCCAGGAGCACUGGUUCCAGCUCUGCUGUGUCCACUCCUCAGAGUAAGAGCUCAGCAUCCCACCCACCCGACCUCCUGGAAGAGGAUCCUGGGGAUGCCAGUGCUCUGGAUGAGAGCAAAACUCAGGCCUCCAGGCACGAUGUUGAGAAUCCACUGGAUAAAAUCCCUCCCCCCAGAAAACAUCAGCACAGAAGUGAAAAAUGCCACACAGGGACAACGCACAGCAGUCACUUACCCAGUGCUUGGGACAAGAAGUUAAAAGACAGUGGAGAGGAUUUAAAAGCAGCUCCAAUUUCUGAGGAGCUGAAAUCCACAGGGAAGGAGAAGUCAAGGCCCAGGGCUGGUCUCAUUGCCAGAGGAAUGAUGGCUGGACCAGUAGCAAAUCCACCAGAGGAUCCCCAGAAAAGGAGGCUUUCCAGACGAUCCACGAGCAUCAGCAGCACAGCACAGCCCAGGGGUGAAGAGCAGGAGGAGCAGGACACUGAUCUGCAGGAGAGCAGAGCAUCUCCAACAAAAUCCAGCCUGGAAUUUGCAUCCAAGACUGUGCUUAGCUCACACACCCCUUCUGCCUCUGAAAAGCCCAGGAGCAGCCCCAAAGAUGCAGAUGACUUUUUGUCCAAGCUGCUGGCUGAGAGAGAGAGGGCCAAGACAGAAGAAAGAAAAUCUUUUUCAAGCUCUGGUGCAGACAGCAGUGAAAAAAGCCUUAAAGUGAGUGCCCCUCACAGACAUUCAGGGGCUGGGAGAGAAAAGAAGGAAAGAUCCCUCAAGAAAAGUGAGAGUCGGUUGUCAGGACACAGGAAGUCUCCAACAUCCACUGGCUAUAAAGAAGACCAGAUAAAAGAAGUCCUAGAAUUGGUCGAUGUCGAGGAUGAAGAGACAACUGGAGAAGUUAAUAAGACUCCAGAUCUUUCUACACUCUAUAUGCUUCAAAUAGUAUCAAAAGCAAUUGAUAUUUCUCUUGCAAAAGAAUUAAAAAAUCUUCUGUUUGGCUCUAGUCUUUGUUGCUUCAGUGAAGAAUGGAAAAUCCAGAGUUUUACAUUUAGCAAUAUCCCACAGCUAAAAUACGGCAUUGUGCAGAAAAAGGGUGGCCCGUGUGGGGUUCUGGCUGCAGUCCAAGCCUGUGUCCUGCAGCAGCUGAUCUUUGCAGACAGCAACAGGAACAGAGACACCCGUUGUCUCCAGCCCUCAGAAGCUCACAGGACCAAGUGCCUCUCCUUGGCUCUCGCUGACAUUCUGUGGCGCGCGGGGGGCCACGAGAAAGCCCUGGUGGCUCUGCCAUCAGGAAGACAGCAGUUCACUCCCACAGGGAAAUACAAGGCAGAUGGAAUCCUAGAAACUCUAAUACUUCACAGUGCCACGAGAUAUGAGGAUCUGAUUGUGUUUCUACAGCAGAAUAUUCACCAGUUUGAAAUUGGUCCCUGUGGGUGCAUCCUCCUGACUGUGUCUGUCAUCUUGUCAAGAUCCAUCAACCUGGUGCGCAAUGAUUUUGACGUGCUCACAAACCGCCUGAUCGGCAGCCACGGCUACUGCACUCAGGAAUUGGUGAACUUGCUUUUGACUGGCAAAGCUGUGUCCAAUGUUUUCAACAACGUGAUCGAGCUGGACUCUGGGAAUGGCAACAUCACCAUUUUGAAAGGCAUCACGAGUCGCAGUGAUAUUGGUUUGCUGUCCCUGUUUGAGCACUAUGAUGUCUGUCAGGUUGGUUGUUACUUGAAGAGCCCCAAGUACCCAAUUUGGCUGGUGUGCAGUGAAAGCCACUUCAGUGUGCUCUUCUGUUUGGAGAAGGAUUUGCUCAGCGACUGGAAAACGGGACGCAGGUUUGAUCUCUACUACUACGAUGGCUUGGCCAACCAGGAUGAGGAGAUACGGCUGACAGUGGAUACAACUCAGGUGUGCCCUGAAAAUAAAGAAAAUGAUCUUACUCCUCCCCUUGAGCACUGUAUUAGGACAAAGUGGCAAGGAGCUGUCAUCGACUGGAACGGCACAGAACCCAUCUUGUGACUGAUGUGACCUGCAGUUGAUUUGGGAGGACGAAAAGGAAAUGACUGAAGGAGCACAAUCCUAUUCCCACCAAUACAGGAAACAGGGCAGUUUGAGAUGAGGAAGAGUGACAAGGUUUACAGGCUGGCAGAGUUUCACCUCAGUCACCUCGUGCUUCAGAUAGUUUGCUUUUAAUAUAAACAACACUGACGUAAAUUCCUUGCCACUGCCUUCAGCAUAAAGCUCCUGAGGGCAGGCUGGGUUCCCACCACCAAAUCAAGGUUACAGAUGAAGCAGUGAGGCCGUCAAUGCCCCUUGAGGUCUCCUUCUGGACCCACUCUGUAUCCUGCAAUUGUUUGGAAGCAUCUGAUGGGAGGUGCUGAACCCAGAUUUCUCUCACUUCACAGCCUUCUCCGUCCUGCCUUGUUCUUCCUUGAGAAAACUCCAGUGCCACUGUAAAACACCAUCCCAGGAAUAUCUAUUCACCCCGUUACCUGGUGUUAACAGGCCUAAAUAAGUUGGUGACCAUCUUUUUGGGGAAAGCCUGGCCUAUACCACGUUCUUGUGUCAUGAAUUUGCAGUAAGGAUUGUGGUUGUGUGUUACCAAAAUAAUCCAAAAUAAUUGGAUUAUUAACUCCCCAGUGCUGGGUGCAGCUGCUGUGUAACAGUGCCUCAUGCUGAUACAGCUCAUUUUGCUUUCUGGUGAGAGGCAGCUGUAUCAGCAUCUUCACAGUCAUGCCCUGAUUUCCACACGAGGGGUUCUUCACACCCAAAUGGCAGAUCAGAUCCGUGGUUGGCUUCUUCAGAACUGCAAGGAAACAGAAGAGCUGGUAGCUUUGAAAUUCAAAUGGGGCCUGUCUGUGAUGGGUUUCCAGUUUCCAUGGGUGAAUAAAAUGCAUGAGUUGGACUGAGGUGCUGUGGAGAUGGACCCUGAGGUACUGAUGCCACAGUUUGUGCUCUGAUUAAUUCUGUUUUAGCAACACUUUACCAAAAUUGGAGCGAGGUACUGUACAGGUGGUUAGAAAAAAUGCCUUGGGGGAAAAGGCAGAGAAAUGGUGUUUCUAGAGAUAUUCUUAUAUCUUGAGAGGGAGUAUUUCGUGAGAGUUCAAUAAAGUUUACUUCCUGAGGUUUAUUGCAGCACUUUCUUCCUAGUCAGUGUGGAAACUCCUCUGGGUCCUGAAAACAGUGCAGAAUCAAUUUCCAACAAAAAUUCAAUGUUGUUCUGGGUGUAGGGUGCGAACUGAGUGUGCAAAUGGAGAUCCCAGGGAGUUGGCACUGGAGUUAGAUUUGAAAACAAACAUGAAUAUAAGUUACAGAGGAGUACCAGGAAGGUUUAGAUGGCCUUUGGAUGAAGAUCUGCCUCCCCCUUUGCUUCUUACUCACAUAAAACUGUCAUAGAAUCACAGAUUGGUUUGGUUGGGAAGGGAAAUUAGAAAUCAACUUGUUCCACCCCCCUGCCAUGGCAGGGACACCUUCCACUAUCCCAGGGUGCUCCAAACCCCUUCCAGCCUGGCCUUGGGCACUUCCAGGCAUCCAGGGGCAGCCACAGCUUCUCUGGGCACCCUGUGCCAGGGCCUUCCCACCCUCACAGGGAAGAAUUUCUUCUUAAUAUCCAAUCUAAACCUGCCUUCUUUCACUUUAAAGCCAUUAUAUGCAGCAAAGCAUCUCAGGAUUGCAGUUAUUUCAAUUUUAUUUAUUUCAGUGUACUAGAAUCUGUUUGGUUGAGAUCAGAUAGAUAAAAUUUGUGAGAUCCAGAUCUCCCAAAGAGAUUGAGCCUCUGAGACAUCAUCAGCAUCAGAUCCACGCUGGUUCCUGACUGCUGACUCUGCCAUCCCUGGGUAUUAAGGGAUGUGUUGGUGCUGUCAGCUGCAGGUGGAUUCAAUAAUGCCUUUAGGAUACCUCAGCUUGAGCUUCAGUGUUUCUGGGAAGUCCCAAACAGCCAAAGAUCCCAAAUGUAAAACAUUUUUCCCCCUCUCUUGGCAUCUGUAUAUUCUAUAUACAGAAUAUAGCCUAUAUUCUGUAUACAGACUACAUUCUCUAUACAGAAUAUAGUCUAUAUUCUACAUACAGACUAUAUUCUGUAGUCCACACUUUGUUUCAUGAAACAAAUACAGUUUGAUUUUCCCACCUGACUCACAGGGUCAUGUAAAGUUCUGAGGGGUGCAUUUGGACAGAAAACGCUGUGCAGAUGACAAAUGUUGGAAGAUUUUGGAACCAGAGAAAUUCCUGUGUGGUUUGUUCCAGUCUAGCAAACCUACACCAUUUAUUUUGAAGCUUUAAGCUGUGUCAGACUGGAGAUAACCUCCCACUGCCUGAGAGCAGAGCAGCACAGAUAAGGGCAGGAGGGAGCUGCUUUGGGACAGGGCAGAUUUGAUGUGACUGAAAUCUGGAAUCUGCAGUGCAGGGGAUCCGUUCUCUGCCCAGAGCAGGGAGAUGCCAGAGUGUGGGGUAGCUCUGCUUUAGGGUGAGAAGAGUUUUUCCCAUAAUGGGAGCCCAAGAGAAUUGUCUCCAGUGGAUCUCACCCAUGAAGAUAUAAAGAUUUUUAGGGUAUGAGAAAGGAUAGACCGGUUGGAAAUUGUGGUUUAUGGGUAAACAAAGAUGAGGAGAGGUCCUGAACUCUGUCCCUCUUCCUAAAACAGACUCCAAAGAACUUUGAGGCUCCUUCAUCCCUGAUUAUGGAGAAUAUUUUUGUUAAAACAGAUUUUUCUUGACUAUUAUCUGUGUAGGAGAUACACAGACUAAAUAUACAAGGACUAUUGUGUCCUUGUAUAUUUGUUUGCAAAGCCCACUGCCCGCCUGACAGUGAAUUAACUCCAGAUUCACCCAUGCCCUCACUCACAAAGGAGGACAAAAAGAACCUGAACCACCCAAACCACCCCGUGGGCAGAGCAGCUCAGCACUUCCACCAGGAUUGCUCCUGGAAGCUGAAAGCUGCAGGAACGUCAAGAAUCAGAAAUCCCUGGGAAAGCAAAGGGAAAAAUCUUGGGCAAACCUUUCAGAAGGUUCCUCCUUCACCAGGGCUCAGUGUCCUUACCACAGCUCCUUGGAAGGAAUCUGCAACCAGAACAUAAAUUUAGAUCUUAAAUACUCUCAAAGAGUAACACCAGAGCAUUACCUGGUCACUGCCUGCAUCAACACUUGCAUGUUUUUAUUCAGUGUGAAGCACCAGAAAUUUUUCCCUUCAUACAUGACAGGGUUUUUUGGGUCAACCACAUAAAGCAAUGCAAAAUAUGUGGCAGUAGAAAAAUCUUUGCACAGAUCUGUGUAGAAGCACAUCCUCUUCCGGCAGCGUGCAUGCAAUCAUUUUAAAUUAUAUUUUCCUCCUCAUUGUUUCUCUUUUUUUUUUUUUUUCAUUUCCCAAAUAAUGUGACUUCCUGAGCUGAACAAAACAGGGACCAUUUGAUAAUUAAGCAUUAAAAGACAUCAGUGACGUUGGCACUUGGUCUGCGUGGUGUCUUCGUGUCAUUCUCUUUUCUUCUGUGGAAUGAAAAAUUGCACCCUGUGCUGAAAAUUGAGCCCUUAACUAAUAACAGACAUGGCUUGUUGUGAAUGGAUGUGAAUAUGGAAGCAGAGUUACUAUUUUGGCAGGGUGUCACACCUACCACCUUUUUACAAAAUGUUUAUUUAGCUUUGUCUCAUACAGAGUGUCCCAUACAAAUAAAACAUUUAAAGCAAAGGUCAGGCCAAAGCCCAGAUUUCUCACUCAUUUUUUAAUAAUUGAUUUGCUAGUGGAGAUUAAUCUGGGAGAUUGAGUUGUGAAUGUUUCAUGGGCCCCAUCAGGUCAGUGGAAAAAUAAUGACAAGAGCAGAAAAAUUAUGGUUGUGGGUAAAAAAUUCAAAAUUUUGUAGACUUUCUGAUUUUUUUUUUACAUGCCUGUCCUUAUUCUGGUUAAAUCUGGGAAAAGUUUAAAGAUGACUGAUCCCAUGAAUGAAUCCCUGCAGUCACCGUGGGUUUGGUUCCCAGGUGAAUUAAAAAUGACAAUUUGAGCCUCUUGCUGUCAAGUUUCCACUUUCCUGGGGCAGAUUUCAAUUUGUUUGUGUUUGCAGUUUAUCUAAUGGGCUAAUUUGGAAUGGCAGGAAAUGGUCACUUCAGCAAUCAAGGAAAACUAAAGAGCUUGGAAGAAUAACACCACCAAAAGCCAACUUUCCCAUCAGGGAUAAGUAGUUCAGAGGCUCUGAGGAUCCAGUUGCUGAAAGUGAAGUACUGGGAGAAGGCAGGAUUUUUUUCUGGUGCUGGUUGGGAGCUGCAUUAAAAACCAAAGACAUCAAAUUACUGUUUUUUUUCCUGAAAAUACUUGCACCAAUAUUUUGAUGCAGUAAAAUUGUCAGUUUUUCAGAAGGCCUACAUGAUUUGGGGUAUGAUUGCAAUAACAUAAUGUAGUAAAAAUAUGGAUUUCAAUUUUUUUGGUAACUCUGCUUUAUUUUCCUGUCCCAGGGUAAGUUUACUAUGAAGGGAGCUGCCCUGAAUUUCACAUACUCAAUACAUGGGGUAUGCACAGUUACGUUUUAGGUGAUAAAAACUUUGCCCUCACCAAAGUUUUUCCUGUGAUAAUUUGUCUCUUCAAUUUGUGUUUUUAGAAAUGUCAGAUUUAAGAACCAAGCACCAAAGCCUUAAGGUGCACAGUUAUAUUUUUGAUCAAAAAGACCAUGUAGGAAACAGAAGUUUUUUAUGAAAUGAAAAUGGUUGCUCCUGCAUCUCCAUGUGAUCCCAACUGCUGCACCUCCUAAGGAAAAGUCACUCCAUGAGGGACACUUUGUAAACACUCACACUCAUCACUGAUUUGUUUCCAUUGGCUAUAAAAUAAUAAAAUCAUAAAAUUAUAAAAUAAUAAAACUGCUCUGAAAUAAGGGGCAGUUCCUCCUUAGCAGCCACAUUUAUAAAACUAGAAAAGGAAAAAAGGGCUUGAUCGGGUAUUUUAUUUGUCAUUUCAGACAGGCUGGGGAGGGGUUGUUGGUACAGUGGGAAACAACCAGAUUUUGUGACAUCCCUCUCUAACAGUUGCUGACUGUAUCAGCAAGGAAUCAAGCACAGAUUUUACAAGGAAAAAGUUGGGUUUUUUCUAAGAUAAAUAAUUAUGGGUACUUCAACAUUUCUAGUUUCAUCUGCUGUGAGGGUUUUUUCAUAAAUUUUAUUUCUUUCUGAAGGAAUUGCGGGUGACUCCAGCUGUUGAUCCUUCAGGAAGUUGUGAUUGAAGGCACAACUCAAAUAUCCAUACAAUGAUAGCACUGAGACUUUUCCAGACCCUCGAAUUAAAGCACAUUCUCUGGCUUUUGGACUCAAGGUGAGUUCCAGGUGGUGUUUCAGUGUUUUCCAUGGCACUGUGCACAUCCCAUGCAUUCCACAUCCUUGCUCAACACUGAUUAAAAUGUCUUACAGUAACCCCUGGCUCUGGGUGCCUCGAUUUUCAAGGGAAAUUAAUAAAAAAAUAGAGCACAAUGAGUUGGCUGUGGACAGCUUGAGCUGAGGUGGUGAUACCCAGAGGUGAUAAAUCUGCAGGGUGACUUUAAUGUGGCUCUGAAGCUGAAUUCCAGAUGAGCUGGAGCGAGUCCAGAGCAGGUCCAUGAAGGGAGGAAUAAAACACAAUUAGAGGAUAAACCAUGAUUAGAGGAUGAUUAGAGGGAUAAAACACUUCUCCUUUGAGGGAAAGCAGAAAGAUUUGGGGUUGUUCAGGCUGGAGAAGAGAAGGUUCAGAGAAGAGGAGACCUCAGAGCCCCUUCCAGUGCCUAAAGGGGCUCCAAGAGAGUUGGAGAGGGACUUUGGACAAGGGGUGGAGUGACAGACACAGUGAAUGACUUAAAACUGACAGAGGGCAGGGUUUGAGGGGAUAUUUGGAAGAAAUUCUUCCCUGUGAGGGUGGUGAGGCCUUGGCACAGGUUACCAGAGAAGCUGUGGCUGCCCCAUCCCUGGAAAUGUCAUCAUCAUCAUCAAAAUAUCUCCUCACAAGUGUUUACAGGGUGGAUAUGUCCAUCUAAACCAGUGACCCAGGAGUAUCUUGAAAGCCACUGGUGAGAAUCAGGCACUGGUGGACUUCAGCCAACUGGUCUGGUUUGGGUGCUCCAGAGGAAUUGAACUUUUCCCUGCCUGCUGCUCUCUGCAUCUCCACAGGUUACACUGAUCAUUAGAGGAGGCCAGGAUGACUGAUUCAGAUGAAUCCCACUGUGUGUGAAUGAUAAAGCCUGAGAAGAAGGAAGGUGUGUUUAUGGAGCUUGACAGAAGCAGUGCAUGAGAUGAGAUGAUGGGUCAGGGAUUCCUCCUGCCUCCUGCACCAUCCUCACCUCCAGCUUUCCCCUGUGAGGCAGAGAAUCAUCUCUGUGGAACAAAGCAUGGGGUUGAGUAGCAGGAAUUUGCCAGCUUGUGGAAAAGGAGUUGCUGAUAAAUCAGGUUACUGAUGUGGGCACACAGGAGCUGUAUCAGAGGUGGGACCUGAGGGUGUCCUGGACGUGAGGAUUUGUAAGCUCAGAUUUCUUCUAUAACAGUUGUGACACAGGAGCUGUGUCACAACCCUAAAUCCUGAUAAAAUACCCAAGAUAACUGUACUUUGAGUGGGUGCUCUGCUUGCUUCCUUAUCACCAUCUUAUCAUUUGGCAAGGCCUUCUUGAAUUAAUCUAAGAAACAUUCUGGGCAUCCGUAAAAAUACUCCGUGCACUGGAAUUCAGCAAAUAUUUAUUAAUUGACAAAACACCGGUGAAGAAUGUGUAACCAAAAAAAGAAUAAAAGUGUUAGCUCCUCUCUGUAAAAUACACAAAGGAUAGGAGGUUAAAAGUUACAUUCCACAAACAUACCUUUUGCUGAGCUGUGCUUGGUUGGGUGAGUGGUGUGGAUGGGAGCCAAGGUCUCCAGACCCUGAGUUCUGGAUCAUUGUGCAGGGAGGAUGGGAAAAUGUCCCUUGUGGCUGAGGGCAGGGAGCAGUCCAGGCUCUCCACCUGUGCAGCUCUGUGGGGGCAGCUCCCCUGAGCAUGGAUGGGUUCCUGCAAGGCUGUUUCCCAAGGGAUGUGAGAAUCCAAACUGAAAUCACAGGUACGGAGCAGCCGCUCUGCUGUGGAUGAGCUGUGAACAUGUCAUGGGUCACAUAAGUGGAGUUUUGGUAGGUAUUAAAUCCUAAACAUUAUAAAAGCAUCCUCAUGGCGUGGUGGGUGGAAGGUGCAACAGUAAAUUGAUUUUAGUAUCUCAAGUAAGAAAUAAAAAUCCACCUCAAACACUGAACGUAGAAGAUGAUACAAAUUGUUUUACUCUGAGGUACAGGACAUCACCACCCACUGACUUCUGUGUUACUCAGAUUAUUUUUAAUUUGUGAUGCAGUUUUAGGCCAGUAUUUCAUUUGCCUUAUUGCCCAUCAAAGUCAGGAUAGAAACAUACUGAGGGCAAGCUCCUUGCAGGUGUAGAUCUGGAGAUAUUCCAGAACUUUCUGGACACAACCCUGAGCUGUGAGCUCUGGCAUGACCCUGCUGGAGCAGGAGGUUGACCAGGUGACCCACUGUGGUCCUUCCACCCUGACCCAUUCCUGCUGAAAUCAGCUAAACACCACUUUCAGCAGGCUCCACUUUUUUAUCUUUCUGAUGGAAGAUCACUCCCUUGCACGCUGUGACAUCUUUGGCUGAGAAAAACCUUCAUGUUCCGUGUCUUUGUGUUUUAUUGUCAGUGACACACGGCCCUAUUCCUGUUUUGAAGUGGCUGCAGCACGCUGUUGAUGAGAUCUCAGGUCUGCUGUCAUGGAUUGUUUACAUUCGGUCAAUGGAAGCAAAAAGGGGAAAAAUAUCACAAUGGCAAAUUGCAGCUGGUAAAUGUCACUCCCAGACAGGGUGACAAAUGAGUGCUCAGCCGUGGCGUGUGAAGAAAGCCGGGCUUUUACGAGCACUUCAAUGUAGAACAGCUUUAUUAUGACUGACAUCCUUCUCAGGGCUGGAUUCCCAUCACCAUAUCCUUCCUGAGUCUUUCUUGCUCAGGUCAGUCCUGUGAAACAGCCCAGCAUUUCUCAAGUUGUUAUUCCAAUUUGCAAAUCUGCAGCGCUACAAUCUGCUCUGGGUUUGUUGGGGUUUCAGUCAGUAGCAGAUGAAUGUAAUAAGUGAAAUAUAUAGAAUAUAUAAAAAUAUGUGUGAUAUAAUAAGUGAAAAUCUGAAAAUCAGGCUUUUAAAGUUUUUUUUUCAGUAUGAAAUAUAGCUCUGGAUGUACAACUGUUGAGUCAUUGGAGAGAGAAAAUAGAUGUUUAAUAGGUGCAUGCUGUGUGUACUUUGAGAAAUGCAUAAAAUCACAGAAUCACGGAAUAUCCUGAGCUGGAAGGAACCCACAAGGAGCAAGUGCAACUCCUGGCCCUGAGCAGGACACCUCAAAAAUCACACCACAUGUCUGUGUGCAUGAGUAGCAGGGGCCACAGAAAGAGGACUUAGAACUAUAAUUAUUAUACUUUUCACUUUGAGUAGAAUCUAUAUAAGCAUUCAAUAAAGCAACAGUGCUAAGGCACCCACAAAUUAAUUUUUAACAGAACAGAGAGUGAAAACAGAGAGAGUGAGAGGCUAUGAGGAGAGCUAUUGAGAGCUAUGAGGAAAAGCUAAAAGAAUUGGGAUUAUUCAGCCUGCAGAAGUGAGUGACUUAAUGGCAGCCUUCCAGUACCUGAAGAGAGCCUACAAGAAAGAUGGAGAGAUGAUUUACAAAAGCAUAGAGUGACAAGAAAAGGGAAAAUGGCUUCACCCUGAAAGAGAGCAGGUUUAAAUUGGAUAUCAGGAAGAAAUUCUUCCCUGUGAGGGUGGGAACCUAGUACAGCCCAGAGAAGCUGUGGCUGCCCCUGGAUCCCUGGAAGUGCCCAAGGCCAGGUUGGGCAGGGCUUGGAGCACCCUGGGAUGGUGGAAGGUGUCCCUGCCCAAGGCAGAGGGUUGGAACUGAAAAAUCUUUAAGGUCCCUUCAAACUCAAACCAUUCCAUGAUUCUGUUAGAGCCUCCUCUAAUAGCACCAGCCUGGGUUUAAAUUCUUGUAACAGCUGUCUCUAAAUACACAUCGCCCCUGUGCCUCCUCCUUUCAAGUUUUCUCAGCUGCUAAGAGCAGAGAAAGGCACUUUGUAACUUGAAGUAUGAAAAGAACAUUAAUUUUUACUCUCUCCUUGUUUUUUCCACUUCACAUAUUCUGUGUUUAAUGUGUAACUGAAAUGAGAAGCUUCUUUCUUUUGUGGACAGCAAAACCUCAGCAUGGUCUGCGAGGAGAAAGGUGAUUUAUGAGGUUUCCAGGAUGCAGGGAACAGGUGACUUUUGCUUAAAGGAAAACAAAAAUCAUGUUCCUGGCUUAAAAAAAUAAUCAAGUAAAAGUAAAGCCGUAGAGAGAAUAUAUGUUAUCUACAAUCGUUCCAGAAAGCGUUUCCUACAGAACAACAAUUACAAGUCAUUGUGAGUCCCUUGGGAACAGCAGUCAAAAACAUCAGCAGUUAAUUACUAGAACUUCCUAAAUCAACCUUCUUUGGCAUGACAUGAAGUGAAUGAGAGCAAUAAAAGCAAGGAAGUGCAUUGUGCUUUGUCCUGUCCAACUCCUGUUCGGACAGGCGUAGGUCACAAGCACAAAUGUAACCAGGCAUGAAUUGUUGUUGGGGUUUUAUUUUUUUUCUUAAUAUUUUAGUUCUUGGCCUUGGGUUAAAUUAAACCAGCACUCUGGAAAGGCCAAGGUAAAAUGCAGGGCCAGGUCCUGAGGCUGUGUAAAUCCUCUGAGUUGUGCCAGAGCCACACCUUCAGAGCAGAGUCCCCGCUCCAGUAAAGCAUCAAAGAGUAAGGAAAAAAAUAUGUCCUAGAGUGGCUGGUGAAAUAAAGGGAAAAGUGAGCGUUCUGUUCUCAGUGGGGUUUUCAGGUCUGUAUAUUGGGGUGCUGCUGAGUUUUCUGAUAUGCAGCUCGGGCAGGUGGAGCUUUUUCUUUGCCUUGCCCCAGGUGCAGAUUCUGUGGCUGCUGGGGUGAGUCUGGAAGGAAGAGAUACCCAUAGCUAGGGAAAAGUGAAAAUAUUUCAUGUGAACCUUGCUUCAAAAUGGAUUUCUUUGCUUCAAAACCAGUCUGAAAGAUGAAGAAUAUUUCUCUGAUAAAGCAGUUGCUGCUGGUUUUCACCAAUCUCCUCAUUCCUGCCCUUUUAUCUCACAGUGGGGUGGAGGAAACAUUUCACCAGCUGAUUUGGUGAGUCUUCCUUGGAAAAGGAGCUUUGAGUAGGGAUGUGAAUGGGGCACAGUUGUCAGCAUCACACAUCUUUGGCUCAGAGUGAAUGAGAAGGAAACUCAGAAAUAAAACUCGUGGCUCAGUUGGAGGGAGGGAGCUGCAGGGAAAGGCACACACCAACAAAUGCAGCAGAACUGUUUAUCAGGAAGAGGUUUAUAGGACCUCAAAUCUUCACAGAUGUGGGUGAGGAGAAGCUGUUGAUUGAUCUAGGGUGGCUGGAAGGAAGAGAGCACGAAAUAUUCCCCAGACAGGGCUCCUCAGACCUUGGGAAAUGAUUUUUGGAUUAGCAGUUGUGCAAGUCACGCUUGGUGCCAUGGAAGGGCUGGCCAGAAAGAGCAAUAAACCUGGCAGAAUGCUUCCCUAAGCCAUUAGCAUUGCUGAUUAACAGCUAAUCACCACAAACCCAAGGGCUCAUCAAGGAGCUGAGGAACUACAAUCAGGAAACCCAACAGUGUGAUGGGUGCCAAUGGAGUUCCCUGUCUCAGUCCCUCCUGGGGCUGGUGAGACCCACUGGGAUGUCUUGGCUUGGAUAAAGAAACAUUCCCCAAGGGGAUCCUGAGAGCUGUGGGGUUCACUGCCCUCACAGGAACAGGGAUGCAGGGGAGGAGCAUUGGAAGAGCACAAAAAACUCCCCGUGGGAUGAUUUUACAGGAGCUGUGAGAGUGUGUGAAAGUUAUUACGGGAUAUUUAGAGAGGGACCAAUCAAUGUGGCUUGGGGAGGAGCAAGUGUGGGAAAACAGAGAGAUAAGGGGAUAAAAGCUGUAGAACAUGCAAAUAAAACCCUGGGCUUUCAGUCAUGGCCUGAGUCCCCAAGGGAGAGAACAAGCUUUCAGGUAGCUGUUUCAAGGUGUUUUUAAAAAAGGAAAUAAAUUUCAUGUUAAUACUUUUGUAAGAUUUUAACAGCACUAAUGGACAGCUGCAACCCCUUCAGGACUCCCUGUGCUCUGAAUCUCUGGGAUGGGAACCUGUUGCUCCAUCAACAAAUGUUCCUGAAAAAACUUGUAGGACAUUGUGUGCUGACUUCAGCAACUCAGGGAAAUCUCCUUUGCUCCUUCAUCCCACUGCAGACAUUUAUCAGCCACAUCACCACCACUCUUGGUCUGGGGCAGCUUCAAAUUUCCUCUUCCAUGAGAUCCUCUCUGUCUUUUUGCUUGCCAAAUAAUACAGAGUAUUUUUUUUCUCCUGUGUUUCUACAGAUCUGGAAGUGUUUCAGGCCAGGUUGGAUGGGGCUUGGAGCAGCCUGGUUUAGUGGGAGGUGUCCCUGCCAGGGCAGAGGUUGGAACUGGAUGGGCUUUAAGGUCCCUUCCAGCCCAACUGUUCUGGGAUGAUGUGUGAGUCUGUGGCCAGUGGGUUUCUGAUUUAAUAUUUCCACUCCUCUUUCCAUUUUAUGAUGAGCAGUUAUGAAAUGCCAAACCAGUGUGUUGUGCCUACAUCCAAUACUAAUCACAAGUCCAAGAUUAGAUGCCAAGUGUCUGAAACAAAGUUUUGUUACUGAUUUUUAACUCCACAGAACCCCAGUGAAAACUCUAACACACUUCUAAAGCUUCUGCUUUGCUGUGAGUUUUAAUGGCAAUUAAUACAAAAAUAUUCCCAUGAUUAAAAAAUAUCCAGCAUCUGGACAGGUACAAGCAAAGAGAAUUUAAGUUAUGGACAACUUUGAUCUGUGAUCAAAAUCCAAAGGCAAACCUUUGCCAGAGCCUUGCAGCAAAUGCAGAUCCACUCUCUUCUUCUGUUCUUUAUCUUCAGAAAUAUUUUAUGCCUAGAUGUGCUUACCUGCUCUUCACCAGUGCAUGACAUUUAUUUUCACCUGCUGUUUAUGAUUUUCAGUUUAUUGCUAAGGGUUUUAAAGAAUAAAGGACUUUUUCUAAUGAACAAGCUCAUUAACGUGUCUCAGUCAGGAUUUCCUGGGAAAACUUAUGGCCAAUUGUGCUUGUUGUGCUAUUAGACUCUGCAAAUCAUACACAAAUUUUAAGUGUGGAAACAGAGAACUGGAGAAACAAACUAUUCAGAUCAGGGAAGUGACGAUCAGCCAGGAGAUUUUAUCUGGGUUUAAGUCAAAAUCAUAGCUUACCUGUUUCUUGUAGUCACUUUUAUGUUCAAAAACAAGAAAGAAAAUAACUUUGAAACUUCAAAUAAACUGCCAUCAUCCAGUUAUCUUUUGUUUAUUUUUCUCCUAAUAUGCUUAAGGAUAUUCAGGGAAAUCUUUAUUGACUGAGUUUAAUUUUUCAAUUCCUAUUUUUUAACAGCAUGGAGUUUGAGAAUGAAACUGGCAUCUUUGUACUCUAACAUGCUGGAUCCCACUGCAAAAAAACAGUUGAAGCAAAGUUGCAUUUUGUUUACUGCACAGGGGUCUGCUUUCCAUUUUAUACCAAAAAUGGGGCAAAACGAGGGGAACUUUUCCAUCCCCUCUGACAAACAUAAAGUUCUCUUGGACUGUGAGGAUGUGUCUGAAGAGCACCCCUGGCACAGACUGAUACCUGAACACCAGAACUGUGUGAAAUGCUGCUUAAAACCUGCCAGUUUUAACUUUAUCCUGGAAAUGUUUUGUCAGAACUCAUCGCCUGGCAGAGCUUUCAGGGCCAGAUGAGCGGGGGGCCCAUCCUGACCCACCCUUUGGAGUUGCCUUGGGAAUGCACAAAGGAGGAGCAGAGCACACAGGAUGAACCACGGCUUCAGAGGCGUUUUCCCCGUGCUCUUUUUGAGCUUGCAGAGUCUUGAACUGCUUGUCCCAGCCUCAGGAUGGGUGUCACUGACGCACGAGGAGCCCUUUAGGAUCUCAGGGCUCAGCAGGUCCUUUUCCAGCAGGGAUUUUUGAGCAGUCUCACUGCUGUGUGUAGGAAACGGCCUCUGGUGACAUUUUUGUGCUUUUGGUGCCAGUGCCAGCCUGUGCCAGGGUGUUUGCUGCUGUGACAAAUGAACUCAGCCACAGUGAAGUUGCCCUUUGUGUAAGUUAGGAGUGAGAAGGGUGAGUGCUCCAACAUCCUCCAGAGCUGGGGUGUAAAACUGCUGCUUCAUCCAAAAUUAGCAGCAUUUGGCAGCCCCAAAUUAGCCUGCACAUCCUCCUGAAAGCACCAAUGUUGUAAAUGACUCUUAAAUUAAAUGUGACUACCUAAAAUGUCCUGUCUGCCCUUCUGUAAUUUGAAAAUGGAAUAAAGAAUAUAAUGACAACAGCAAUACAUGAUUGCAAUAAGGGGGAGGGAAAUUGGGAGAAGAAAGAAAGUAACUUUGAAACUUCAAAUAAACUGCCAUCAUCCGGUUGUCUUUUGUUUAUUUCUCUCCUAAUGUGCUUAAGGAUACUCAGGGAAAUCUUUACUGACUGAGUUUAAUUUUUCAAUUUCUUUUUUUUUAACAGCAUGGAGUUUGAGAAUGAAACUGGCAUCUUUGUACUGUAACAUGCUGGAUCCCACUGCAAAAUACAAAGCAAAUUUCCCCUGUGAUUUUGAGUGGGUGCUGUAAAAUUAGAAAUGAAACAGUUCAAGACCAGGUUGGACAGGGCUUGGGGCAACCUGGUCUAGUGGAAGGUGUCCCUGUCCACGGCAGAGGAUUGGAACUGGAUGGGCUUCAAGGUCUCUUCCAACCCAAAACAUUCUGGGAUUCUCUCAGAAUUAAUCAGGGAAAUUCUUUCCUUUUAUACUUCUCAGUAUCCAUCAGUUUUCAUGUGUUAAGGGCCUUCUGUCCCUACUGACACAAGAUGUUUAGAAUAAUUCCUAGCAGGCCCUUACAGCCCUACACAUUCCUGAUUCCCAGCUAAGGAGUCUGACUGAUCUGCACCCAUCACUUCUUUGAGGAGAAAAGUUUUGGCAUUGGUGAAGGAAAGUCAGUGUGAAAGAUAAUGUAUCCCAUUAAAAGGAUUUAAAAGGGAAAUUCCACCCCUGUUGAAAUCAAUAUGCUCUGGUUUCAAAACAAAGAGGAUUUCACUAAAAAUCGGCUCAGAGGUAUCUGGAAACAAAUAAAAAUCCAUAAUUGAGAAUAGCUCAAAGCUAUUGGGUAGCUCCCAAAGCAUAAAAUAAAUAAAUACAGUAGUUUUAAACCAGCUGACUGUGUGUUAUUCCAUUGGGCUGGCCUAUUUCAGCUGGAGUUUUAUAGCCAAGGUGCACUUUCAGUGCUAAGUCAGUGAUGGAUGGUUCCUCACAAAAAUAAUCAUAUGGUCUUUUUUCAGAUUAAUUAACUGGGUGAGCAAUUACAGAUUCCCAGACAACAUGUAGCCUUGACUUAAACAGAAUAAUUCUGUUCACUUCAUGUAAAAAAAAAAAAAUAAA